AUAAGUAAAUAUAAGUCCUUGUAGACAGACACACAGGUUAAAUCUUUGAAGGUUCACUGAUGGUUUACGAGUCUGAGCUUCAUCAUGGCUGGACACUUGCUGUUAGUCUUCCUCAUGUGUAAGUUCAACCACUUCUGUUCAAUUAAUUGUAAAUGUAAGAAAUCAGAGAGCUUAAGCAUCUAAAGGUUAAAACUUUUUAGACCGAUUUUUGUUGGUCUGUGUUGAUUCUUUUUUAUAGUGUCUCGACACAGUUAUACAACUUUCUUUGUUUCAACUAUUUCAUUUUAAUUAAUGAGCUUUUCUCUAACAGGUUCAUCUUCUGUGUUUACAGUACAAGGUCAGUAUUGAAUACUUCUUGUAAUGUAAAUGUAAGAUACACAUUAUGGCUCUGAAGUACAUUAUCUCUUUUUUAAACUCGACAUUAAGACUUUGUUGAUCAUGAAGACUUUUAUUGCCUCGAUGCAUCUGUUACACUUCUGAUCAAAGUUGUUCAAUUUGAUUUUUUCAGCUUUUGCUCCACCCAAACUGACAGUAAAUCCAGCAGUGAUCACAGAGACAGACUCGGUCACUCUGAACUGUCAGCCUCCAUCAUCUUUUUCUCAGUCUAAGUGUUAUUUCCGUGUGACAAGAGGGGGACCAGCCAAAACCCUCUCUUGUCUGCAGAAUCUGUCCGGAGCUGAGCUGCUGAAGAUGACCAACAAGAUUUCACCUGCUGAGGUUAAAAUCACCUGUUUUUACUUGUAUGGGUAUUCGUCUCCUGACAGUGAGAUAUCCUCCAUCAUUGUUCGAAGUGAGUGAGCGCUGCUGCUAUGAAGUGAUAGUUUAGAUGAGCUUCUGCAGUUUCACAACCAAGAAAUUAUCAAUAAAGGAUUAAAAACAGUAACAGUAAAUCCAUCUAAAUCACAGUCACAGAUCACGAUCAGGGUUCAACAAAUAAGUUUGUCAUCAAUAUUUUAAAUUAUGAAAAAAUAACAGUUAUUCUAUCCAAUAUUUUCUCUCAUUUUCAGCUUCUGUUCCACCGACUCUGUCAGUAAAUCCACCAGAGAUCUAUGAGACAGAGACGGUUACGCUGAGCUGUCAGCCUCCAUCGUCUGUUCCUGUGUCUCAGUGUUUCAUUGACACAUUGAGUGGAGGACCUGGUAGAGUCGUCUCCUGUUUGAAGACCCUUACAGGAACUGAGCUGCUCAAAAUGGCUCAAAAGACUUCAGCUGCUCAGAGGUUCAAUGUUAAACUAACAUGUUUCUACACCCAGAGGCUCAAUGGUGAAGACCAUCCAUCUCCACACAGUGCAACAUCCUCCAUCAUCAUACACAGUGAGUUAGUGUUUCUCUAUGUCCAGCUACAGGUGAUGAUAUGUCCUGAUGCUGUUUAAGUGCAAAAUAAACAUUUCAACACCUCCUCUUGGUGUAAAUGACAAAAUGUGCAAGUUAAAAGUCUAAAAAAAUGAGUUUUUAAAUUAUUAUUAUUAUUAUUAUUAUUAUUUUAACUUUUCCAUCUUCUUCUAGGUCAAAAACCUCGACUGAGUCUCCAUUUUUCUCCUGGUGAACCUGCUCUCUUUGUUUGCUCUCUGCCUGGACCUGCUCCUCCUGGUUCAAAAUGUAACCUGUACUUUGGAGAAGCAAGUCAUCCAGUGAAAACUGCCAACAUCUUAAGAGGCACAACCACGAUAACAAAAAGCUCAAUGUGUCAGUUUACUGUCACGAUACCUGAAUUACUGAGUGGACUGUGUUCAGGUCAUCAAAGUGACGCCAGCUGUGAUUAUACAUUAGAGAGUGGAUCCAACUCUUUGUCUCCUCGCAGUGAUGGAUACAGCUUGACCAGUAAGUGAGAAGAGGAGACACAAGUUUAUGAUAGAAUUAUGACAGGAUAGAUUAAUUGGAUUUGUGUCUUCAAAAUUAUAAUCAUAAAUUUCAUGAAAGUUUUGCCUGGAAUAUUAAAAAUGAAAGUAUGGUUUAAGAAAUCAAAUUAAUUUGAUCAGUUCAGCACGAACACAUAGAUAAAGCGUCUUUUUCAGUUUUGAUCAUUAAAUCAACACUUAUACCAAAGUACAUUCAUUAAGACUUUCCUGUUUUAAAAAUAAAUGUUUGUGUCUGCACAAUCACAGUUUCCCAUGGUGUUAUUACUGAACCUGUACUGCUAUCCAUACAAACAUUUGUCACUUGUUUAAUUUUCUUCUUUUACAGAUAUUGUUAAAGAGGAGUCUUGCACAACCCCAACAAUGUCUAAAUCCACUGAGAGCACAGGUAGGACAUGUCUUAUAUUUAAAUCAGUACUCAGAACAAAAUCACUGAUACUCUGUCAAAAAAGGUUUAAAAAUAUCUUUGUUUACUCUUAACUUAGGUCGGACAAUUCAAGCUCCCACUACUGUUCCUCCUGCACAACAUACAACAGGUAAUAAAGGUAAUAAAUUGUUUUUAAAGGCACUUCUCCUCAAUCUUCACGUCUGCCUACCAGUCCUGUCAGUAACACUGGUGAUGAUGUUUCUACCCUUCAAGCCUCAGUGAAACCACCGUCAGGUGACUUUUAAUAUUCUUCAUGAUUCAUGCUGCUUCUUGUGUUUAUACUGUAGGUCAAGAAAAGAACAUUUUUGAUUUAAAGGUUUUAUCUUACGUGCCUUUAGAAAACAGAUACAAAUAUAUAAAUAAACUCACUUUUACAGACUUGCUUUUAUGUGAUUCUGUCCUUUCUCUUUUAUUUUUUUUUUAAUUCUCUUUUAUUUCAGCUUACUGUCUUUUUAGCUUUCAUUUUUCUUAUUUUCUUAUUUAACCUAUUAGGCUUUUUAUUGUUUUAUCUCUUGCUUAUUUCUUUUAUUCAAUUUAUCAUUACUAUUAUUAUCAUAAUUAUUUUGUUGUUAUUUUAUUAUCAUUAUUAGUAUCGUAUUUUUAUAUUUACUAUCCUGUUUCCUGCUUUCAACCCCCUUUUUUAUUGCAUCUCUUUUUUCCUAUUUUAUGUUCUUACUUUGGUCCUCAUGGUCUCAUUUUAUGUUGUAGGGUUCUUCUCUUAUGACAUAUGAAAUUGGCCUUCAGUUCGGAGGCCUUGUUUUUAACUGAGCUUUUGUUUUUAUUUCCAUGUGCUGAUGUUCUGUGCUGUAUGACUAUUUUUCAAAGCACUUUGUAAACUUUUUAAAAGUGCUAUAAAAAUGAAGUUAUAUUAUUAUUAUUAUUAGAAUAAAAUAGAAUAGCAUAGAAUAGAAUAGAAUAGAAUAGAAUAGAAUAGAAUAGAAGAAUAAAAAAUUCCUUUAUUGAUCCCCCAUGGGGGAAAUUUUUUUGUCAUAAUAAUAAUAAUAAUUAUUAUUACUAUUAUUAUUGUUAUAAAUACAGAAACUUGCUAAAAAGUCAUCUUAGACUUAUACAAAGUGUGUUUGAUGCUUUGAUGGUUUGUAAAAUAUUGUGGCUGUGUGCACACUAGGUGGUUCAAGUGUUAGUACACCUGACAGAAACACCAGAACUUUCCCUGUAACCCCUCUGAAAAGAGCUCCAGGUAAGAGUGCGUCAUUCCUUUCUUCUUGAAUUUAUUGGUACAAAAUGUUAAAACCUGAUUUACUCAGUGAGUUUGUAUCAAGGCUGAAGCAAGACUUGACUUUCUAUCUCGUGUUUGACGUACAGUGAUGGGAAAAAAAACUGAACAUUUCUAUCACUAAAAAUGUGAGAAGUGAAACUGACUCUUGUUUGUGUCUUGUGUUUUUUCAAAGGGGAAAUGUGGAUAUCAAAUUUAGUAGCAGUGUCUGCUGGUUGUGGUGCAACUGUAGGUCUCAUGUUGUUGGUUUCUGCAAUCCUCUGCAACAAAAGGAGAGCUGGUGAGGAAGGCAGUUUGAACAUCUCAUAAAUUUAGAGUUGUUGGUUUUUUUUUUUAUGCUGCAGACCUAAUGCUGCUUUUCAAAUGAGAGCAGUGCUGUCCGAAAGGAAACAGUGUACUUCCCCCGUCUUAUUUUGAGAAUUGACUUGAUAUCAAGUGCCAUACUCAUUGAUAUAUUGAAAUGUGUUUGGGAUAGACUUUAAAUGUUUUUUUCCUGCCAACAGUUUAAGAUAUUUUGCUAAGAACUUAAGAAUUGGGAGUAGAGAUAGCUGUGAACCCAAAGUGAACAUGUGAACAUGAAGUUCGGUGAUGUUGUCACCAAAGAGUAUCACACAGGGAAGACACUAGCUCGGGGAAAGGAGCUGCUAAACCAAGUAACAUAAAUUAAAGGAAAAUUUGUGGGUUGAAAAUGAUUUGUCAUUUAAAAAUGUAUUUAAAUUUAAUCACGUAAUGCAGUUCUUAAUGACUGAAUUACAUCAGUCAGAAAUGACUGAUGUUGAUAAGCUCACACAUAAACAGCAGCAUUGAUAUGCAGCAUCAGUCCUAUUAUUCUUUCUUUGUCUUUUUUUUAGUGCCCCUUUUUCCAGAAAGUUUUAAUGAGAGGUGAGAUAUAUUUUGGAAUAAAACUCCUCUUUCUUGUUAGUUAUGGGUUAGUUUUCUCAGGACAUAACAAUAAGAACAUGUUCUGUUAUUAAAACUGAUUUAUCCAUUUCAUUUUUGUACACAGGACAAAAGCAAACGUCAACGGUAAUGUUCGCUUUCAUGGAGGAUUGGUAAUUAUAAUUUUAUUUAAAUCAAUAAUAAAAGAAAAUUCGAGCAUUUAUAGCUCUUUGAAAUGACUGAAUUUGUCAAGUUAGAUGUGAACUUUUCCUCUUACCCUUGACUCUUUCUCUCUUAUCUUACAGUUCCCUGCAGGCAAAGAUGAAACCUUCAGUGUGGUCACUUAUGUACUAAAUUCUGACUUCUUAAUGGUGAGCUGCUUCUCACUUUGCAGAAACCUACACAAGUCUCUUGAAUGCUACUCCCUAUUUUUCUAACAGAACAUGAAGUGAAAUACAAAACUUGAGUGAAAAUAAUCGUCUCUGUGUGAUUGUGUUUUACCUACAGGACCUUGAAAAGAAACAAGGAUGACAAAAAUGAGACGUAAGUAGAGUUUGACUGUCUGUAAAAUUUAAGUUUUCUGUCAGAUUAUUGAUAAGUUUCUUUCUUUUCAGUCUGUUGAAUGAACUUCAUCUCUGAGAAUCAACCUUCAUCAGCCCUGAAGGACACGGUGUACAGAACCCUGCAGCUUCAAGUAUAUCCACAUUUUUAUUUUGUACGAUGAAACUUACAAUAUAGUUGAGUUUUUAUUCAUUUGAGGGUUUAUUAUAGUUUUUUUGUAAUAUGUAAUCCUUGUGAGCGGUGAGACUCAGAAACUGAGAAAAUUUGUGAAAAAAAAAAUGUAAUCAACUUUCAACAUUAUUCCAUUUGGCUAUUUGCCUGAUCAUAAUAAAGGACUUAUUCUAAAAUUUUCUGUAUGGGUGUCGUGUAAUAUAGUAAGAAAAUAUGAAAAUAUGUUGUCACAUUUAUGAUAUUGUGUAUGUUGUCUUACGUUCAAGAGACUAUUUUCAUUAUAAGAUAAGUAGAAUAUGAGCCAUAAAGGCGAGUAAAUGUCCUGGUAAGAACUUAAGAGUUCAAUGUAAUGUAAUUUGUGCAACCCUGCCAGUAGGGGUCAGUGUGGCGCUAUGCUUCUCCCUUGGGAUGCUCUUGAUAACGGACUCUUAGGCUGCUUCUUCAGUCAACGGACUGAAGUGAACAGAAGCACCGCUGCCUGUCUCAUUUUCCCUCCUGUUUUAUACAGGAUCCUAAUCUGUUUGCAGGAACCAUCCUGGGGUCUGUAACAAACACAUGACAGUUAUUGGUGUGUGGACUCACAGACUUCAUGUCACUGCUGCAUCAGUGUCUUGGUCAGGCCACCCCAGUCAAAAAGUCUAGACAUGCACCUGCUUGUUAACCUGAACUUAAUCCACAGUAUUGUACAUCAUGUUAGGUUUGAUGGAUCCAUGCCCACUAGAGGGCCCUGUUGGACUGCAACAGGCUUUUAAAGACAGGGCCCCAUUAUGAACUCAGGUAGAUAUCAGAGUUAUGUUUGGCCAGGGCUUAACUGACUCUUAACCAUCAUAAACUUGUUUGUUUACACAAAAGUUAAAAAUGAUGUGCAUGACAUGGUAGCCACAAAGAAGUUAAGCUAAAAAUAUUUGGAUAGCGUGUGGUACAGCUCGUGUUCACAGACAGAACAUGAGGGGUGGUUAUCUUGCUUUUCAGAGACGGAUUACAACCAUCCUCACCACUAACAGCUAUUUUUAAUGUAUCAGCACAGUGGUUGAAAAUUAUUAAGAGAGAACUUAAUUACAUUCAACCUCAGUAACUACAAUUUAGUCAAUGUAAGCCCUGAUUUCAUCUGCAAUAGUAUAAGUACUAAAUACACUCCUGAUCAAAAUCUUAAGACCAGUUAAAAAACUGCAAGAAUUUAUAUUUAGCACUGUUGGACCUUAAGACGGUUCUUCGUAGAGCUUCAAAAUGCAAAAAGAAGAAAUGGGAACAAGAGACCAAAAGUUUCGAGUAGGUAAUUUAUGAAAAACAACAAUUUAACUGAAAUCGGCUGUUCAUCAGCUGAUCAAAAGUUUAAGACCACAGCUCAAAAAAACCUAAACACCUCCAAAAACAGAAAUUAAAGUGUCAAAAACUGACUCAGUAAUGAGUAGCUCCACCAUAUUGUUGAUUACUUCAAAAUUUUGUAUUGGCAUGCUUGAUACAAGUGUUUCCAAAAGGCUAGUGGGAAUGUUGUUCCAAGUGGUAAAGAUGGCUUAACGGAGGGCAUCCACUGUCUGGAACUGAUGUCCAUUUUUAUAAACCUCUCUUGCCAUCCAUCCCCAAAUGUUCUCAAUUGGAUUUAGAUCAGGGGAACAUGCAGGAUGGUCCAAAAGAGUGAUGCUAUUCUCCUGGAGAAAGUUCUUGGUCAGACGGGCCUUGUGAAUUGUAGCGUUGUCCUGCUGAAAAACCCAGUCAUUGCCACACAGACGAGGGCCCUCAGUCAUGAUGAAUGCCCGCUGCAACAUCUCCACAUAGCCAGCUGCUGUUUGACGCCCCUGCACAACCUGGAGCUCCACUGUUCCAUUAAAGGAGAAAGCAUCCCAGAUCAUGAUGGUGCCCCCUCCACUGUGCCGCGUAGAAAACAUCUCAGGUGGCAUCUCCUUGUCAUGCCAGUAGAGUUGGAAGACAUCAGGACCAUCGAGAUUAAAUUUUUUCUCAUCAGAGAAUAAAACUUUCUUCCACCUUUGAAGGUCCCAUGUUUGGUGCUCCCUCGCAAAGUCCAAACGGGCAAUUUUGUGGCGUUGAAGGAGACGUGGCCUUUGAAGACGUUUUUUGUUUUUAAAGCCCUUCCUUCACAGAUGUCGUCUGAUUGUUAUUGGGCUGCAGUCAGCACCUGUAAUGGCCUUAAUUUGGGAUGAGGAUCAUCCCGCGUCUUGAUGUACACACAUUCGGAUCCUCCGGCUCAGCGCUGGUGAGAUUUUUUGGGGUCUACCACUUGAUUUUUUUGUUCCAUAACCCUCCUGAUCUUUUAAGAAAUGAAAAAUAACAGUCUUACUGCGUCCAACCUCAGCAGCGAUGGCACGUUGUGAGAGGCCUUUUUUGUGCAGCUCAACAAUCCUACCACAUUCAAAAGCAGUGAGUUUUUUUGCCUUUGCCAUCAAGAGAUGUUGACAGUGUGACCCCUUGACAAGAAAUGACAUGGAAUCCAAAUUUUCGCACAGAUUUGGGCUUUUAAAGGCUGUGGUCUUAAACUUUUGAUCAGCUGAUGAACAGCCGAUUUCAGUUAAAUUGUUGUUUUCAAUAAAUUUCCUGCUCAAAACUUUUGGUCUCUUGUUCCCAUUUCUUCUUUUUGCAUUUUGAGGCUCUACUAAGAACCGUCUUAAGGUCCAACAGUGCUAAAUGUAAAUUCUUGCAGUUUUUUAACUGGUCUUAAGAUUUUGAUCAAGAGUGAUCCAUCCAUCUAUCCACUGAAGUGUGCAGUAUUUCUGCCAAAAUGUGGAUGUACCUUCUCUUCAGUGUGCAGUUUACCUGCUUUUAUCUUAAAAUGUGUUUAUAUUUGUCUCAGUUUUUAUGAGCCAAAAUGUGAUUUUUGAAGUCUCUCAUUAAAUAUCAAUGAAAAAUGCUUCCUGUAUUUGAGUGGUUGAAAAAACUGGUUAAAAAUAGAAGUCAAAUUCAAAUUCAACUUUAUUUUUAUGGCACUUUUCAUACAAAAAAUGCAAUUCAAAGUGCCUCACAGAGGCUAAAAACAACAAUAACGACAAUAAAACCCAACCCUCCCACCCACGCACACACCCAUGGACCCACACGCAUUCACCCACACAUACACACACGCAACCGCACACAGUGUGAGAAUUUAAGAUAUAUUGAUGGAGAGACAGUCCUAAAAUUUGUGAUAAAGUUACAUUUAAAACUCAGUAAGAUGGCAUUAGAGUAAAUCAACAAGGGUUCCUCAAGGGUCAGUGCUUGGUCGUCUCUUUUUAGACCAACUUACUCUGUGCAAUUGUUUGUGCUGAUGGUUUCUCACAUGACUGCAGUGCAGAUGAUACUUUGAUAUUCCUGUUAUUCCCAUCAGAUGACAAGACUGAGUCAACCUGAAUUUUAUCAUACGGAUUUCACAGAUAUUUCUUAAAGGAUCAAGUAAAGCCACGUUCAGCUCAACCUGCCAAAAAUUUAGCUUCUUGCCACUUCAGCUUGUCCCACCAGACAAACUUAGAUCAAAUUCCAGCUGGAAUCAAAUGAACUCGUGCCAAGAAUUGAGUGUCAUGAUUAGAAGACAGUAAACUUUUAGGUCCAUGUGGUCUUUAUUGCUCAGUCACCCCCCUGCUACAGCUCAUUGUGAACUCUGUAUUUGGUAGUUUGAUGAGGAAGAGCAAGUGUGGGUUUCUUUAGUUCUUGGUACAUCUAUUACAGUUCUUCUAUUCUGGAGUAUGCAAAAGGUCAGAUGAAGAAGAAAAAUGUCGAUGAAAACCGUCUUUAAUUUGUCUGCUCCAGUUACACAACACAUCAGCAGAGCUGUUCUAAAUACACAGUGACCCCCCCCCACACACACACACACACACACACAAAAGAAAAACUUUUUUUUUAAAGAUAAUGUCAGCGUGUGUUUGUGGCUUGUCUAUGUGACUGAACUACCUCUGAUGCUUUUGUGGUUUUCUUCAGAGCAAGUUCUGCAAAAUGACUCAUAAGUAAAUAUAAGUCCUUGUAGACAGACACACAGGUUAAAUCUUUGAAGGUUCACUGAUGGUUUACGAGUCUGAGCUUCAUCAUGGCUGGACACUUGCUGUUAGUCUUCCUCAUGUGUAAGUUCAACCACUUCUGUUCAGUUAAUUGUAAAUGUAAGAAAUCAGAGAGCUUAAGCAUCUAAAGGUUAAAACUUUUUAGACUGAUUUUUGUUGGUCUGUGUUGAUUCUUUUUUAUAGUGUCUCGACACAGUUAUACAACUUUCUUUGUUUCAACUAUUUCAUUUUAAUUAAUGAGCUUUUCUCUAACAGGUUCAUCAUCUGUGUUUACAGUACAAGGUCAGUGUUGAAUACUUCUUGUAAUGUAAAUGUAAGAUACACAUUAUGGCUCUGAAGUACAUUAUCUCUUUUUUAAACUCGACAUUAAGACUUUGUUGAUCAUGAAGACUUUUAUUGCCUCGAUGCAUCUGUUACACUUCUGAUCAAAGUUGUUCAAUUUGAUUUUCCAGCUUUUGCUCCACCCAAACUGACAGUAAAUCCAGCAGUGAUCACAGAGACAGACUCAGUCACUCUGAACUGUCAGCCUCCAUCAUCUGUUUCUCAGUCUAAGUGUUAUUUCCGCAUGAAAAGAGGGGGACCAGCCAAAACCCUCUCUUGUCUGCAGAAUCUGUCCGGAGCUGAGCUGCUGAAGAUGACCAACCAGAAUUCACCUGCUGAGGUUAAAAUCACCUGUUUUUACUUGUAUGGGUAUUCGUCUCCUGACAGUGAGAUAACCUCCAUCAUUGUUCGAAGUGAGUGAGCGCUGCUGCUAUGAAGUGAUUGUUUAGAUGAGCUUCUGCAGUUUCACAAUGAAGAAAUGAUCAAUAAAAAUUUAAAACAGUAACAGUAAAUCCAUCUAAAUCACAGUCACAGAUCACGAUCAGGGUUCAACAAAUAAGUUUGUCAUCAAUAUUUUGUAUUAAGUUAUUCUAUCCAAUGUUUUCCCUCACUUUCAGCUUCUGUUCCACCGACUCUGUCAGUGAAUCCACCAGUGAUCUAUGAGACAGAGACGGUUACGCUGAGCUGUCAGCCUCCACCGUCUGUUCCUGUGUCUCAGUGUUUCAUUGACACAUUGAGUGGAGGACCUGGUAGAGUCCUCUCCUGUUUGAAGACCCUUACAGGAACUGAGCUGCUCAAAAUGGCUCAAAAGACUUCAGCUGCUCUGAGGUUCGAUGUUAAACUAACAUGUUUCUACACCCAGAGGCUCAAUGGUGAAGACCAUCCAUCUCCACACAGUGUGACAUCCUCUGUCAUCAUACACAGUGAGUUAGUGUUUCUCUAUGUCCAGCUACAGGUGAUGAUAUGUCCUGAUGCCAUUUAAGCAUGAAAGAAAAAAAAUCAUUUCAACACCUCCUCUUGGUGCAAAUGACAAAAUGUGCAAGGUAAAGGUUUAAAAAAAUGUGUUUUCAAAAUAUUAAAAAAAAAUUUUUUUUACUUCUAAACAAAAAAGUCAUCAGCGUUUGUCUUACAAAUCAACCUUAUAAAGUUUUUUUCAUCUUCUAGGUCAAAAACCUCGACUGAGUCUCCAUUUUUCUCCUGGUGAACCUGCUCUCUUUGUUUGCUCUCUGCCUGGACCUGCUCCUCCUGGUACAAAAUGUAACCUGUACUUUGGAGAAGCAAGUCAUCCAGUGAAAACUGCCAACAUCUUAAGAGGCACAACCACGAUAACAAAAAGCUCAAUGUGUCAGUUUACUGUCACGAUACCUGAAUUACUGAGUGGACUGUGUUCAGGUCAUCAAAGUGACGCCAGCUGUGAUUAUACAUUAGAGAGUGGAUCCAACUCUUUGUCUCCUCGCAGUGAUGGAUACAGCUUGACCAGUAAGUGAGAAGAGGAGACACAAGUUUAUGAUAGAAUUAUGACAGGAUAGAUUAAUUGGAUUUGUGUCUUCAAAAUAUUAUUAUUAUUAUUAUUAUUAUUAUUAUUAUUAUUAUUAUUAUUAUUAUUAAUAAUAAUAAUAAUAAUAAUAAUAAUAAUAAUAAUUUCAUUUAAUUGUACCUCUUCUGUUUUAAGAAUAAAUGCUCAAUUAUAUGCACAAUACCAGUAACCAAGAGUGUUAUUGCUGAACCCGUACUGUUAUCCAUACAAACAUUUGUCACUCCUCUAAUUUUCUUCUUUUACAGAUAUUGUUAAAGAGGAGUCUUGCACAACCCCAACAAUGUCUAAAUCCACUGAGAGCACAGGUAGGACAUGUCUUAUAUUUAAAUCAGUACUCAGAACAAAAUCACUGAUACUCUGUCUAAAAAGGUUUAAAAAUAUCUUUGUUUACUCUUAACUUAGGUCGCACUACUCGAGAUCCCACUACUGUUCCUCCUGCACAACAUACAACAGGUAAUAAAGUUCUAAAUAUAUAAAUCACUGACAAUUCUGCCUUAAAAGAUUUAAACAUGUAUUUGUUUACUCUUUAUUUAGGUCAGACAACUCGAGCUCCCACUACUAUUCCACCUGCACAACAUACAAAAGGUAAUAAAGUUAUGAAUAUAUAAAUCCCUGACUAUAAAUGAUCAUAAGUAUGUAUAUUAAAGUGUUAUGAUGAUUAUUAAUGUUUUUAAAGGCACUUCUCCUCAAUCUUCACGUCUGCCUACCAGUCCUGUCAGUAACACUGGUGAUGAUGUUUCUACCCUUCAAGCCUCAGUGAAACCGCCGUCAGGUGACUUUUAAUAUUCUUCAUGAUUCAUGCUGCUUCUUGUGUUUAUACUGUAGGUCAAGAAAAGAGCAUUUUUGGUUUAAAUGUUUUAUCUUAUGUGCCUUUAGAAAACAGAUAUAAAUAUAUAAAUACAGAAACUUGCUGAAAAGUCAUCCUAGACUAAAACAAAGUGUGUUUGAUGCUGUGAAGAAUUUGUAAAAUAUUGUGGCUGUGUGCACACUAGGUUCAAGUGUUGGUACGCCUGACAGAAACACCAGAACUUUCCCUGUAACCCCUCUGAAAAGAGCUCCAGGUAAGAGUGCGUCAUUCCUUUCUUCUUGAAUUUAUUGGUACAAAAUGUUGAAACCUGAUUUACUCAGUGAGUUUGUAUCAAGGCUGAAGCAAGACUUGACUUUCCAUCUCACGUUUGAUGUACAGUGAUGGGGAAAAAAAACUGAACAUUUCUAUCACUAAAAAUGUGAGAAGUGAAACUGACUCUUAUUUGUGUCUUGUGUUUUUUCAAAGGGGAAAGGCGGAUAUGGAAGUUCGUAGCAGUGGCUGCUGGUUGUGGUGCAACUGUAGGUGUCAUGUUGUUAGUUUCCGCAAUCCUCUGCAGCAAAAGGAGAGCUGGUGAGGAAGGCAAUUCGUACAUCUCAUAAAUUUAAAGUCUUUUCAUGUUCACCUGCAGCUUCUGUACAGAAACUGAAAUCUAGCUCUGUCACGAGCAAUUUACAGAAACAUUUGUGUUUAAUCCUCGAUGUGAUUCCAUGACAGAUACAAUGAAAAAUUAAUGAAAAACAAAACAAAUUGUUGGCACAUAACACGUGUUCAACACCAAAGUGUUGAGUUUCAUGAGAAAAUCUAAUUUCCUGUAACAGUUUUACUUCUUUCUUUCUCUUCUUUGUAGGAAACAGUAUUUGAACAUCACCAUCAGUUUCACUUACUUUCAGGGUUGAAACAUAAAUGCCAAAGGAACAACAACUACCUGUUUCAUUCAGGGUUACUUGUCAGGAAUGUGGCAUGAUAGUAUACAAGCGAGAAGGGUGUGAUUCUGAAUAAGGCUGCACGAUAUUGGAAAAAAAUAAUAUUGCGAUUUUUUUCAACCCUGCGAUAUAUAUUGCGAUAUUAAAAAUACAGUAUUUUCACCAGAUGACCUGAAUAGCAUUUAAUGUUAUGCUGCACUGCUGAAAUCUUGAGGACAGUUAAUCUGCUCUGAUCUUACCUCUUUUUGUGAAUGUUAGUAGAACGGCUUCUGUCUGUCUCAGAGAUAUUUUUAGCUUUUAUUGUGCUGGGACGUUAUUGUGGAAACAGAUGAACACAGAAGACGUGUUUUGGUCGACAUCAUCCUUCUUUUAACCGAAAUAAUUCCAGAUAACUGACUUUCCUUUUCUUUUUGGCAACAAAUCUUCAUUUUCGGUGGUUUUCGCUUGUUCGUUGUUCAUUUUGCGAUCGUUGUUGUUGUUGUUAGCGGUGUUGUGCUGAGAAACGCAUGUCCUCCGAGAAUUGCAUGCACCUCGCAAAACGCGCACUGCUUAUAGUAGAGUGGUCCACGGAAAUGUACAAUUUAAAACCCAUACAGUUCUUAUUUGUUGGGCUUAACAGUCAUGAGUAAAGUUCCGAAAGUAAUUCUCAGCGGACACACGUCUCCCUCCACAGGGCUCUCAAGUCUCACGCAUUCAGCGUGAGACACACGCAUUCCCACUCGUUCACACGCUCACACGCCACACAUUGUACUUCUCACGCAUUUAAAUGAACACGGUGAUGUCCACCAAGUUGCACCUCUUUAACUAUAGAACAGGGGGAAAUCAACGGAGUUUCUCCGAGAGUUCAGAAGCUGCGUGCCACGCGCAAGCCAAUCAAAUAAAGUAUAUCUACUGAACAGCCAAUCAAAAAGCAGCAUUGCUGUAUCUGGGUAGAUUUUGAUAUCUUGCGGUUUAACUACAGAAGAAGACAGACACUCGCCGUAAUAGAGCAGGUUUUUAUAAGGACGAGAUAGACCCGAUGAUUACAGUAAGUCAGUAACCUACACAUGCAGAGACCUCAACAUCUCAUAGCAGAUAAACUCAUAUGAUAAACUAAAGCCCUUUGCUAUUGCUAUUAACAGCUGCAUUGACGGAUUUAGCCUCUGUACAGCCAUUUCCAGCCAUUUUCCCCUCCACAAAAGCAGCAUUUCUCAUAUAUUCUUUUUAAAGUUCUGAUACUCAUGACAGUGUUAUGCUCAUGUACUAAAGGAUUAAGUAUCUCCAUGUUUGUGAAACCUAUACUAAAGUACAAUCCAUCUAAAUGCUCCUCAGUGUUGAUUUUAACAACUCUCCUCCACAACAGGUAACUUUACUACUUUAUUCUUAAAGUCAUUAAUGACUUUAUUCUCCUAAAUAAUAACUUUAAUCUCAAAGAUUUAAAAAUGUUUUUUUCUUUCUUAAUGUGGCCCUCAUACUCCAUUGUAUUUAUUAGAUUAUUAUACUAAUAAUUAUCUUCAAUCACUCUUCGACCCCCCCAAGGAAAUCUCACUCUAAGCUUAGUUCAAAACUUGAGAGCCCUGCCUCCAUGUGCAGAACAUGUGCAGGGGUGGGUUUUCUCCUCCCUGAUUUUGAUUGACAGCUGGCAGGGUAGUCUGAUUGGCAACUGAGUAAAGGACAAAGGUGAUUGGUGGAUCGCUGCACAGCACAUGCAGAGUCACAUGGAGUGUAUCUCAGUCAGUUACCCUUGAAAUUAAAUGAGUUCAUUCACCUCCAAUAUCGCAGCCUCUGCGAUGUGACUAUCGCACACACGUACAUCGCGAUGACGAUAGUCAAACGAUAUAUCGUUCAGGCCUAAUUCUGAAACUGAAAAUAAGCAUGCAUGUGGUUGACCACAAAUGCACUGAGACAAAAUAACCUCAUGUCUCCACACCUACAGCUCUUGUUCACAUGAAAGUAGUGCUGUCCAAGAAGAAACAGUGUACUCCGCCUGCCUUUUCUUUGAGGGGAGGGGAACUGAUUUGACUGUAUCGGGUUACAAGUGUCAUAGUUGUAGAUAUUGUGCUGUGCAAAAAACUCGAUGUUAAUCCAAUUUUUGUUUGGUAUUUUGAUCAUUACAUGUAUUACUCCAGUAAGUUGAGCCACAGACACAGAGAUGUUCAAUGAAACAUCUUUACAUUUCUGAUUUUUCAACUAUCUGCAGAAGACACCAUCAUCUUACUCAAUGCUCUCCUCUCUCACAGGUUCUGAGAACGUGAACAGACGGCAGUCUAACCACAGCAAUGUAAGUCUGAUAUUGUGUACUACAUAAAAAAAGUACCACAUAUAAAUUGUAUAAACUAUCAAAGUUUAUUUCUCUCUUUAGUUCCAGGAGGACCCAUACUACUCCACCAUCCUUUGUAAGCCACCAGAAACACCAUUUCAGGACAGUAUGUAUAGUACCGUGCAGGCACACGGAUAAACUCACUUUUUUUCUACUGAGCAAAGAUAAAGCUUACAGUUUAAAUAACAAGUGCAAAUCAUAAUCCAUGUUCAGAGAUGGCUGAUAUGUUGUCAGAGGUUAAUGCUAUGAUAGAGUUUUAACUGCUUUUCUCCUGCCUGAAUCAAACAAUUAAUAGUUUAUUUUCCAGAGAUCAGAUUUAAAUCAGGACAGCUGAAGAGUCAGGAAAUAGGGCAAGGAGGGACUGAGGGGACAACUAUCGGAAUAAAUGCCCAAUCGAAAUAAAAAUGUGUCAUGUAAACAUGUCGAUUGGAAGAUUCUGAUCCAGAGAAAUUGUAUUCCGAUCUAGAGGGGUGGAUUAUGCCGAUCGUUAUUCCGAAACGCGUCCAUGUAAACAGUUAUUCCGAUCGUGACUUUCUUACCUGACUCGAUCUUCACUCUUCAGCCUUUGGCUUUUUUAUUGAGGCCAGUACAGGAGGUUUCAUUAUUAACUCUCUGGCAUUAACACAACCACAGGUGCCGUGUCUGCUCUUCCGGUAACAUAACAAGGCGUAAAUACAGCGUAAUGAUGUCACAUCUGCACGCACAGUGCGACCUUUGACAGAAGAGUAAAAUAAGUACGCGAGGGCGCCAUCUAGUGACCAAAUUUAACAGGGGGAAACUCCUGAAUUGGAUGGAGUGAGUCAUUACCGCGUUUGUUGGUCGUUGACAGCACAUGCAUAAAUACAACUCUUCUUCUGCGGUAGUUUUAGUGAAAUUAAACAACUCUGCGCAUGUCCAAAUGCUUCUAAAGCUUGGCGCAUGUAUACGCACGUCAUGAUCGGAUUAUUCGAUUUUGCAUCUAUAUAAACAGUGGAUUCAUAUUAUCCGAUCCUUCAGCUUUUUAAUCGGAUCAAGAAAUUGUGCCCAUGUAAACGUGGCCAGUGAGUCAGAGUAGUACCCCCAAUCCAUUAAGUAACUGUAACUGUAAGUUUUUCACUCAGACAUGUCACGAGUUUAAAAUGUGAUGCACAGGACUGAAGCACAGAGGUAAUUUUGGGAGGGUGAGCUCGCUACACUUUCAUUGAGACUGAGACAGAGAAAGUAACAGAAGGAAAGAAGGGACUGCCACGGGUCAAAGAGUUAUGGAUUGAAACUGAACUUGGGGUCGCCUGCUUUGAUGACUUCAGAGUCUACACAGGGAGUGCGUGAUUAGACUGCUUAGCCAAGUGUCACAUCUUUAAAACUAUCAAUACUGUUCAAAUCUGUAUAUUUACUCUGAUGUAAAAUUUAAUUCUGUUAUAACAUGUUGUCUGUUCAUUCUUUUAGAUCUGUGUUUAUUUUCUGUAUCUUUGUAUUAUGAACAUAUUAACAUUCAUUUACGAUUUACUUUUAUUGUACCUGAACUAUGACUUUGACCAAAACUUGUACGACUAAAUACAUGUGCAUAAAAUCUCA